ACAAAUGCGACUUUCACUUUCACACGCUAUAUUUUUAUUCGAACGUCCCCAAAACGACUCAUCGUUGCCCGCCGGUUCCUCUCCUCUCCUCUCCACGCUAAGGAAAGCAUCCGGGCAACAAUGGUGGGAGUGCUUUCCAACCGGAUCGGAAGAGACCAGUUGAACCCUGGUGAUCACAUAUAUUCCUGGAGGCACUCCUAUCUCUACGCGCACCAUGGUAUUUAUGUUGGGAAUGACAGGGUGAUACAUUUCACUCGUGGGGCUGGGCAGGAGAUUGGGACAGGAACAAUAUUGGACCGGUACCUUGUGAGCUCACCCUCAUCCAAUUCCUCGACCGCCCCCUGCCCGAGAUGUGGUGAUCAAUCAGAUAAAGACGGCGUGAUCUCUUCUUGCCUUGACUGUUUUCUUGCAAGCGGAGAGCUCUACCAGUUUCAGUACAGUGUUUCACCUGCAAUCUUUCUUGCGAAAGCUCGAGGUGGCACAUGUACACUAGCCUCUUCUGAUCCACCUGAGGAUGUCAUCCACCGAGCUGAAUACCUCCUACAGAAUGGUUUUGGAGUCUACAACAUUUUCAAGAACAACUGUGAGGAUUUCGCAAUCUACUGCAAAACUGGUUUGCUUGUUUUCACAACUGUCAGUGUGGGACGGAGUGGCCAGGCAGCGUCGUUUCUAGCUGCUGCUAGUGCCAUUGUGUCGUCACCACUUCGGUUCAUGACUACCGGCUUUGCUGGUUUGACGGCAAUGGGCUGUGGGAUUUACUGUAUUAGUCGAAUUGUCUCGGAUAUUGGAGUACGGCGCGAUGUGAUGAAGAUCCCAGUCGAGAGGCUUGUUUCUGGGGCCAGUUUGGCUGAGCCUGAAGCAACAACGGCGGCGGCGGUGGCGGUAGCAGCAGCAGCAGAUAACCCAAAGGAAGAUUAAUUCUCAAGCUUCGUGUUGCAUCAAAUUGCAUAAACGGACAUUUCAAAAGACAAUCAAGUGUGAAGUUUGUUUUCUUUUUUGUUAUUUGGUUAUUUUAAUGGUGUAGAUUUGGGAAAGAAGAAUGGCACUGUGGGUGACUUUGAUGUGAAAUUGUUGUACAUAUGUAUCGCUGUACUUGCAUUUAAUUAAAACUCUUGAAUUUUGUUA